AUGGCCCCCAAGAAGAACAAGCAGCGCGAGCAGCAGGAACAGCGGCGCGCGUCGUCCAGCGCCCGCGCGCACCAGUCGCUACUGAACAGCGCGACGGCCAGCGGCGGCGGUGGAGCGCCAGGCUUUGUCGGGUUCGCGAGCUUUGCGCCGCAGCCGCUCGCCCAGUCGCCCGUGCAGAGCAUUUACGACGGCUCGGACCAGGAGAUUGCGCUGGCGCUCAAGAUGCUGGCGAAGAAGGGCGCGGUGACCAAGAUCAAGGCGCUGCAGACAUUCCUGCAGACGGUGCUGCCGCCCCGCGCGCCGGCGGCGCUGCGCCCGAUGCUCGGCCACUUUGCGCAGCUGUACGCGUUCGAGAUGCGGGACCAGAACGAUUACAAGGUCCGCCAGCUGCUGAACGAAGUGCUGGCGGCGCUGGCCGUCAAGAUGCGGCCGCGGGCGUUCGCGCCGCACUUGCAGCGGCUGUUGCCGUACUGGUACGUGGCCAUGCACGACGUGCACGCCGACGUGGCGAUGCUGGCGAAACGAGCGUUCAGUGCGUUGUUUCCAGCGAGAGAGGAGCAACAGAAGGUGCUGGAGACGCACGUGGUGGCUGUGAUGGAGGAGUUUCGAGGCUUUUUUGGCAAAACCGCCGACACGUUCGAGGGCGCUCAGCUGCAAGCAGACGAGAAGGAAGAGCGGUAUGAACGCUGCGUUUCUGCUGCCGUGCUGAGCAUUGAUGAUGUGGUACAGUUGUGUGCAGAGCAGAAACGGACGGACGUAUUGAGCGACGAGCAGUUGAGCUGCUCCGUGGCAACAGUCGUGUCGUCCGACCACUUCAUGGCUCUAGCAAGUGCGUCGUCAAAGCACGCGAACUUUUCUCGUGACGUUGUGAGAAGAGCAGUGUACGUCGUGCUGGCGACGCUGUGUGUACAUGCAAAGACCGUUGUUGCUGCACGAGAAGAAGCGUUUGGUAAGGUGAUUCUCGACUCGCUUCAGGAUAAAUGUCCUACGAACCACGGCGCAAUGUGGAAUGUUGUGAUCGCUUUUUUGCAAACAUUUCCCGACAUCUGGAGCUCAAGCGCUGGCUUUUGUAAAUUCACAGUGAACGUGGUAUACCCGCGGCUGUUUGCACAAAUCCGGCAUGGUUUUUAUGGGUCGGGUCGGUCAUCGUUCCCAAUGCUAUUGCCGCUCUUGUCGACGGUACCCCUGAGUGUUGUAGUGAAUCCGUCCACCGGACAAUCUGCAUUAUAUACAGGUGUACUGGAGCAAUGUUGGAAGUUUCUGGACUCGAAAAGUGCGCGAUUUUGCGAGCCCCCUGCAAUCGCAGCAUCUUUUGAAUGCCUCACCGGUUUUUUCAGCAUCUUUUUGAAUGGCAAUGCGGCAGUUGUGCACUUGAGUGAUCAGGAUGCUGAAUCGUAUAGGAGCAAUUAUGUGAACCAAUUUGAGAACGUGUUUGUCCAAUCGCUCAAGAAGACGCUCAGCUCGCCAGAGUUUCCAGAAGCAGAAGUGGCAGUAUUUAGUAGCUGUAUGCUCAAGAUGAGCAGUCGAUUGCGCAGUUUUUCAAGUGACUCGGACUUGGUGAACACGCUAAAGGACAACUUCACGGCGGAAGUCCAUGAGUGGACAAGACAAGCUGUUGGCGCGAUGAUAUCUGAGAUGUCAUUCAUUCCUUCCAGAGUCACUACGUUUAUCGACACUGUUUUUUCAGUUGCUACAGACACAUGUGAAGAGCUUGAGAGUGCACAGUGGUUAUUGACAAGUAAGGAGUUAUAUGGACAGUGUGUCAGUCAGAUGGAUGCACUCAUGGUGGACCCGGCGUAUUCGCCGGACAAGGAUGCAUCGAUCGCACGCUUAUUGGCGGCGCUCAACGGCGUUUGCAAAACUCAUUCUGUAGACCUGCUGUUAGGUGAAACCGAUGUGACAGUCGACAGCCAUUUCGAUGUCCACUAUCGUCCCGUUCUCCGUGCACUUGCUGAGUGGAAGAAAUUGGAUAACAAUGCGGGUGUCGUAAACACAAUGCGUACUGCACUGGAUCUCACGCGACCAUUUUUUCUUGCUGCAGAGGGAAAGAAGCAAUUUUUGCUGCAGCUUUUUCAGGACUGCAGCGUCCAGUUCGGAGACUUGGAAGAAGCGAACGACAUCAUUCAGUACGGGCUGCAAUUUCCGGUUUCUGAACGCGGGACCAAGCUGUGGCUAUCAUGUGGGAGCUGGCAACACGGUGAUGAAAGUGGCGCAUUGGUUAUUGAUCAGUCCAGUUGGACACUGAAGGCACUUCAAGCAAUUUGGCAAGGCAAGUUGCUGGAUGAGUUUCUGAUGAUCAGCUUAAAGGGGCGGCUUGAUGACUUGAACAGCGAUGUGUUCGAUACUCUCUUGAAAUCGUGCCUUGGCGGCUCGUGCAACUGCCCUGUCGUGAGUCCGGACGCGGUAGUGAUUCUGUGUCAUUUCGUGCUGCGCAACGGGGUCGAUGGGAGCGACGCGGUGGUUGUGCAAAUACUGACGCAUCUUUGUGAGCUGUUCCUGAAGCUGAAUGACGAGCUUCCUGCAGAACUCGAAGUAGUCGAGGGCCAACUAUACACGCUUCUAUUUCAUCUGUCGGCCAGGGGAAGCUAUCGAUCGGAAGCGAGUGCGUUAUGGGCACAAACAGUGCGUCAUUCGCUAAAAAAGUGGAAGGCGAGAUCGCGAGUAGAGACGUUUGUGAACGGGCUAGCUCGACAAGUCAACGAUUUUCUCCUUGCUGAUUUGCCAGCGGGCACUACUGCCUUCAACAGUAAGCAGUUUGCAGCGUACGUCAAGAGCUACGUGCUGCUUGCAACAGACCAGACGUUCUUUACUGUGCCGCAGUUGGUAGAAAAACUGGACGCUGUGAAUUUGAGGUGUUUGGAUGAUUCUCGACGGACUGUUUUCCACAGCCGAGUGUUAUCGGCACUGGGGGACGUGUGCGAUGCUGAACAAGUGAUUGAUGCCUUACAGGCUUACCUUAGCGCUAUGGCAUCCGAUGAUGAAGGUUCGGCAGUUGCACUUGUUGCUAAGCUGGUAGAUAUGGAUGUCAGCCACGCGUUGACGUGGACAGUGUUUCAGUCCAACGACUAUAUGCAGAGAGGUGUUGAUCUGGUGGAGGCAAUGGAGAGUCAUUUGACGCUAGAUCAUUUGUAUGAAGCACUAAGAUCGUCAUCCGGAGUGAUAGACAAAGUGCUUGCGAAUGCUGCGACGUACCAAAGCAAGCACAAGCGUGAACUUGCAGAAUAUCGCAACGUGGUCUUUUUGGACAACAAGCAGGACGAUGUUGCUAACGGCCAGGACCAGAGUUUGCUUUCGUCAGAACAGCACAUGAAGCUGGAUGUCAUGUCCAUUGAAGUGCUAUCGACCUUCAGCUCGAUUGCGGCACGAGCGUCAUUUGUCAAAGAGUUGGUGAAUCGGGAUGACGACUGGACGGUGGAAGCUGCCCAAACUAUUGUCAUUUCGCUGCUAGCUGCGAUAAACACAGACAAUGAAGAUAGUGGCGAGGCCAUCGCAGCACUCAAGGAGUAUUUUGCGUUGUGCGAUCGUGAUGCUGUCGCAAAGCCCACGUCUGUGCUCUUCGAGUAUUUGCGAUUGAUGUCGCGGGCAAUCAAACGGGCAGAAAAAGAAAUGGUUGCGUCCAACCUCGUCAUCAAGGAAAUCAUCCAUCUGUCGAGUCAAGAGUCGAUUAUGCAUCGACUAGUGGAGAUGCUGCUACCGAGCUCGCAAACUGUUGUGGAAACUCAUCAGUGGAUUGCUAUGACUGAGUACGUGGGUUUGCUUUCGGUGUACUUGCAAGAUGCAACGUCAGCGUUUGGCGAGACGUGGGAAAACCUGGCACGAUUGAUUGUGACGCACGUGAUUGCGGGCAAGUCAGAUGGUGCUAAAAUUGUGGCACUAAAAAUUCAGAAACGAAGCUCAGUCCUGGGCACCCGUAGGAUCGUCAAGGGCGAUCAAGAGCAAAUUGUACUUGCCUACCCGACUGAGCUGGUUAUUGCACGAUCGGCGUUUAUGGAACUUGUCAAUGCGAUGUGCAGCGCAAACCCUGACGCGCUUCAGGAGCUUGCUGCGCACUAUCGAGACGCUGUGUUGUCCACGGUGUUCUGUGGGCUGGCUGAGUGUGUCGAGUUGAAAGCAAGCAUCGUCACAACAUACGUGUCGAUAGCGUCCCCGUCACAGUGCUUUCAGCUUGCAAAUCUCAGUUUCAGCGUUGAGAAACUGCUUGCACGUGCGCUGCCGACGUUGCGCGCAACCCUCUCGAGUAUUCAUGACGUUGUGCACGUGAACCGACUUGUGCUCGAGUCCUUUGGUGGCAUCGAUGUACUGGCGUCACUUUUCAACGGAAAGCAAUAUCCCUUGCACCCACUUCUGCGCGUAUUGCUGUACAUUCUCGCGUCGUACAGCGGUGCACUCCGCUUGCACUAUUACGACACAAGUGCAAUUGAUGUGAACGCCGAAGACGAGGUAGCGACAGAGGCCGCCCUGGCCAGAGUGUACAUACCAAAAGCAUUGCGCUCAGCGCUGCGUGCUGUGUUUGGCGGCAAGAGCGGUGAAAUGGGUCCUUCGAACAUCCGCGGACGCAGCCGGAAGCAAAAGAUGCAAGAGCGGGAAGACAUUACGGGAAAACUGCUACUCUGGGAUCUGUUCUUGCAGCUGUUCCCCUCGAGUGGAAGUAAGGGAAGUGGUGGCAAAGAGGUCUCUGCCACGCUGAUCGCGUCCGCGCUAAGCUCGUACGUCGCGCGCAAUGGGAUGCUCACCAACUUCUUGAACUUCAGCUCUGCUUUAUUGUCCCAAGAAACACAGUCUGCAUCGAAGUCAACGCCAUCAGAACUGCAGGACUCGUUGCUGUUCACCGUAGCAGACCUGGACAAAUGCGAGGACGACAAGAUCUGGAGUCUGGACAACGCGCGUGUCUUCCAGCUCGGUACUCGCGUCUUUUUCCGCACGGUAAUGCGCCUUCCAGCGAUGGUACGGUCCUGGUGGAACGACGAUUGCUCGCGUGCGACGCGGAGCUGGGCUGCCAAGUAUUUUGAAGACUACAUCACCCCUUCGGUGCUUGCAGCAGAGUUGGGGCUCAUUCAGAAGGCCAGCGACAACACGUCGUUUGCUGGCGAAACUUGGGACGAUAAAGAAAUGACCGUGAAAGGCAGUCGUGUGUCUCGCGAGAUCACGACUACUUACAUCAAGGACGAGUGUGCUCUGGAAAUGGUCGUGCGCGUGCCACCAUCGUAUCCUCUGCGCUGCGUCGAGGUCGAGUGCACGAAGCGGAUCGGUAUCUCCGAACAGCGCUGGCGACGUUGGGUACUACAGAUCAUCCGCGUGACGUCCUCGCGCGAUGGCUCACUGCUGGACGCAGUGCUGCUAUGGAAACACAACGUGGACAAGGAGUUCGAGGGUGUCGAGCCGUGUCCGAUCUGCUACUCGAUCUUGAACCCCAAGAACAUGGGCCUGCCGUCGCUGUCGUGCAAGACGUGCAACAACAAGUACCACAACUCGUGUUUGUACAAGUGGUUCAACCAGUCGGGCAAGAACAAGUGUCCAACCUGCCAGCAGCCAUUUUGCUAG